CGGAAAUUGACGACAUCAAGCAAACGAAAUUUGGGCCUAAAAUUUAGCACGAGUUCAGUUCCUUAUUCAUGUUUGCGGAUACUUGCUUCAAAUCCCAAAUCUGAUAAAAAAAAUCUCUCUCCCUUUCUAUGUAGGGAUUUUGGCGGUUUCCUUUUUCUUUUCAUUUUUCAAGUGAACCAUUCUUGGUGGGGAAAGCGAAGAAUAUUGCUGUUUUUGGUCUCUUAUAAUAUGCAAUUUCUCCAUAAGUAAAUUAACCAUGGUUGAGAGCUCGAAGAAACAGACGAAGGGUUUGAUCAGCGAAGAAGAGAUUUCCACUCUCUUACAUAGGUAUUCGGCAACAACGGUGUUGACAUUACUUCAUGAAGUAUCAAACUGUUCAGAUUUGAAGAUUGAUUGGAAUGCGUUGGUGGAGAAGACAUCGACUGGGAUUUCUAAUGCCAAUGAGUAUCAGAUGCUGUGGCGCCAUUUAGCUUAUCGCCAAUCUUUGCUUGAAACUUUUGAAAAUGGAGCAGGAGCUCAACCUAUGGAUGAUGAUAGUGACUUGGAGUAUGAGUUGGAAGCUUUCCCUACUCUUAGCGGUGAACCUCUAGCUGAGGCUGCAGCAUGCGUGAAGGUGUUGAUUGCAUCUGGAUCAUCAAGUGACUCCAUCCCUUGUGGCUCAACAGUUGAGGCACCUUUGACCAUAAAUAUACCAAAUGUCCAGUCUUCUAGAGCUUUAGAACAAUCAAGUUGUUCCAUGCAAGGGACAAAUAUUACAGUUCCAGUGUCGGUCCAGAAGCAACCUGUACCUUCAGCAACAAUUGCUGACCAAGAUAUGAAUGGAUUAGCUGGUGGCAACUUGCAUAGGAGGAAGAGAAAACCAUGGUCCGAGGCUGAAGAUUUGGAACUUAUUGCUGCUGUGCAGAAAUGUGGUGAAGGGAAUUGGGCAAAUAUCUUAAGAGGAGACUUCAAGGGCGACCGAACCGCCUCACAACUUUCUCAGAGGUGGGCCAUCAUUAGAAAGAGACAUGGGAACUUGAAUCUGGGAGGCCAUUCAAACGGGACCCAACUUUCUGAGGCCCAGCUGGCAGCUCGUCAUGCAGUAUCCCUAGCCCUGAAUAUGCCAGUUAAAGGCCUAGCAGCUGGAGCUACGACUACUAAUAACUCAGCUGUUACAAAUUCCAUCAAUAACUCAGUCGGGACAAAUGGAACUAAAAAUUCUCUUGCUACCGGUGCUUCUGAAACUUUAAUGGGUGGCUGCGGCUUUUUACAAUCACAAAAGCAGGCUCAAGAACACCUCACAUCAAAACCAUCUCCAGUGGGGUCACUGGGUCCCACAGCAAAACCUCGAUUACCCCUUAAAAAGCCUGUCUUGAAAUCUUCUCCAAGUUCAGAUGCCAUGGUAAGAGCCACUGCUGUAGCUGCUGGGGCACGCAUUGCUUCUCCAUCAGAUGCUGCUUCUUUGCUCAAGGCUGCUCAGGCAAAGAAUGCUGUGCAUAUUAUGCCCUCAGGCAUUGGUUCUAUCAAGGCCACCAGUGGCAUGUCCACCCUCUCGGAGGGUCAUCCUAAUGUACACUAUAUCCGUACUGGCCUAGCAUCUGCACCAAUUUCCACAUACUCUGUUGCCACACCUAGUGCUCCAUCCAUUAGUUCAGUUAAAGCCAUUCCCCCUGCAGUUCAGCAUACUCCAACUAUUAAUGCCCAAUCAGAUGUAUCUUCUAAGCAGAAAAAUGAUGUGAGCUAUACUCCUCCGGUCUGCGAAGUUCCCUCAAAACAAGCCAUUAAGACAGAAGAAAUAACAAUGUCUGAAUUGGGGCCUUCCAUGAAAGAGCAAAUGCAGGGUGAUCGAGCUUGUAUCUCUUCUAAUUCUAUGGGUGAAGUAGUCAAAGAAAAUAAAGUGACAUCACCAGAUUCCAAGGUUGGGAUAAAUGGUACAUCAGAGAGUUUGGUUAGUCCAGUGAAUGUGACAUCAUCUUUGAAUGAUCAAGUUAUUGCAGACAUCCAACCAAAAAAUAGGGAAAGUGAGAAGGAUAUUGAAAUGAUGAGUUCAGUAGCUAGAGCAGGUGAGAAUGAUGAUGUUGUUGAGGAAGAUGGUGAGAAUCAAAACAUGGAUAAGAUGGAGGAAGAUCCAUCGGUAGCGAAGGCAGAUGCCUGCAGUGAGAAAUUGGAGACUGUAUGCAAAGAAGCUGACACUAAUAGUUGAAGGGGGGAGUAAAUUGCUCAAAUUAUUAUUUCUUUUUAAUUGAAUUUAUUAGGAGUUGUGUAUUGUAGAUCAGAUGUUAAAGAAUCUUUUGGGAAUUGAAGGAUGGAAUGAAGCAUUCGAUUAUGUA